AUGCCUUACGUCGAAGAUUAUACGGAGCACGAAUACGGAGACGCACACUUUGACGAGAGCCAGGAAUCCAACGGCGACGGCGAUGAAAAUUUCGACGACGGUUGGUACGGCGAUGACAAUGAAGUUAAUGGCGACUAUCAGCAGCAUGGGAGAACGAACGGUCAUCAUGAGCCGAAUGGCAACCAGGACAACGGAGAUGACGGAGCACGCUGGCCCCAUGCUGACAAGUCAAACGCCGAUCUGGACAUGUUGGUCGAUUAUGUUAUAUCCAAAGCUAUUGAGUUGGGAGUGGUCAGUGACAGUGAAGCGGACGAUUCAGACGAACAUGACGACCUGCCUGUGCCAAACUGUAAGACGGUGACAAUAUGCAUGCUAAUCUUCGCUGGGUGUCUGUUGGGCGUCCCUACGUCGUCGCCACGAACGUUCGUGUCAUUGAUGGUGUUGAUUAAAGAACAGCAAUCCAACGAGUCCCAGGAAGCCGAGGCAGACGAGGAAGACGUAGCGCGGCCCGGCUUGUUGUCCGUGUGA